UCACAACAUUUUUCAGUCUGAAGCUGGUCGAGCUCCUGAAAAUACUAUAUAUGUUUUCUCUGUGCUUUGUAUAGUGAAAUUUUCUUUGGAGAAAAAAAUCUAAAAUCUAUUGAAAAUGUCGCAGAAAGAUCAAGAUGAGAAGCCGCCGGGCGGGCCACCUCCGUCGCCGCGUAGGCACAGGACACCGGCGACUCCGAGCGACGUGACUUCCGCUCCCCCUCCACCUAUGGUGGCAAAACGAAGUUUUAAAGACGUGGAAGCACCGACCACCUCUAGCAGGGUCCGUCGCCCAGCCUCGCCUUCAUUUAUUGGUCCUGGAGUUCAAUCACCAAGAAAAAUGACUGGAAAGGUUGUGCCCGAUUCGGGUCCAUUGUCAUCGAGAAGGGCAAGUAUGCCAGAUGCUGGGCCCUCUGACAUCUCCAGCCAAGAGACAACGACAGCUCGAACUAAGGCUACACAACCAAAAAUAACUUUUCGAGUUGAUCCUAAUUAUCCUGCAAUAAUUGUGCCCGAUUCCGGAGGAUUAUCAUCCCGUGUCAAGGCCUUUGGCCAUGUGGCCUCUUCACAACCAACAACUCGAGAUACUGGACCCGAUUCCGGAAGAUCAUCAUCGCCAGCCAAGACCUCUGGUCCUAAGGCCUUUCAACAAGCAACUAUCAGAGAGCCCGGACCCGAUUCCGAAAGAUCAUCAUCGCCUGUCAAGAGCUUUGGUCAUGUUGCCCCUUCACAGGCAACUACUCGAGAUACCGGACCAUCGACAUCAGGCCGGGUACCCAAAUCUAGCCAUCGGGUUUCAUUUCCAACGUCCUCGGCUCAUGAGACCACCACUGAUAGAAGUCAUUCUCCCCGGAAAACGAUUCAGGAUGGCGAACUAUCUACAUCAGCUGAAGGUAUGAAAAUGGAGGUUUCCACGACACCUCGGAAAACCAGGGCUACACAACCGAAACAAACUGUUCGAGUUGAUUCUGCUGCUCCUUCUGAUGUUCCUGUAAUAACUGUGCCCGAUUCCGGACGAUCAUCAUCCCGUGUUAAGUCCUCUGGCCAAGUGGUCUCUUCACAACCAACAACUCGAGAUACUGGACCCGAUUCCGGAAGGUCAUCAUCGCCUGCCAGGGCCUCUGGUCCUGUGGCCAAUUCACAAGAAACAAUUCGAGGUACCGGACCAGAUUCCGGAAGAUCAUCAUCGCCUGUCAAGACCUCUGGUCCUGUGGCCUCUUCACAAGCAUCUAUUCGAGAUAACGGACCAUCAACGUCGGCCCGGGUACCCAAAUCUAGCCUUCGGUUUCCAACGUCCUCGGCCUUGGAGGCCGCCGCUGGUAGAAGUCCCUCUCCACGGGUAACUAUUCAGGAGGCAGGACAAUCGACAGCCGCUGGAGGUAUGAAUAUGGGGGCUGUCAAGACCGACAUCGACAGGGGCGGGCUCAAGCAACGCCUCUUUAAGAAAAAGACAACGGAGACGACCACCCAACCGACACAGGUAGAUCGACAGCCACAACGAGUAUCAAUUAUUCCUGGCCAGAACAGGGCCAAGACUACCCGCAUCCUUUACACCAAUGAUGAGGAAGUGCGCGAUGCCCUUAUUGAGUUCACCGUGUUUAUUAUAUUCCUGAUCCUAACAUCGCUGGUCACCCUGUCGGUGCGCCACUCGUACAUGUUCUACUUCAACGACACAAUGAAGAAGCUCUUCACCACCCGUGAUCUGGUAAUUGCUCCCUCGGUCACCAUUAACUUUGAAAAGCAAAUCACAGUGCCGGAUUGGUGGGACUAUUUGAUCUACAACUUUUUGAUAACACUCCACGGCGACUUGACAUUAGCGGAUAAGGAAAAUACGACGGCGACAACAGAACCACCUGAGGAAGAAGAAGAAGAAGUAUCUUUUGAUAUAAGCCAACCAGGGAUGGGGGAGGACAAAAAAAAUAUGAAGCCAGCAGGAGAAAACUCCUGGGAUCCCGGCGUGGACGGGAAGGCGGCCGCUAGUGAUGUCCCGAAGCCGGAUCAGCAUGCGCGUUCGCCAAUGGAUUUUAAAUGGAAGCCGAUAGCGGUACCGAGGCCAGGAUCCCAACACAAAAGACCGAAGCAUAUACAUAAUAUAAGUGACAACCAUUUGGAGGGGCGUAUCUUUCUGUACGAGAACCUGUUGCUGGGUCCUCCGCGAAUCCGGCAAAUCCGCGUGCGAAAGGACAGCUGCUAUGUAAACGACGCCUUCAUCCGGUACUUUAACACCUGCUAUGCCGCCUACUCUCCGAGAGCCGAGGAGAAGGGUGAAUUCAAGGGAAUACCGUACAGGACGAUGUCGACCCUGAACGCUGUGCCGCUUUGGACAGUGCUGUCUUUCUACCGUUCCGGCGGGUACGUGGUUGAUCUGACCUACGUUAAGAAUGAAAACCUGGCUAUCAUCACCGAUUUGAAGAACAAUCACUGGCUUGAUCGGGGCUCCCGACUCUGUCUGGUGGAGUUCAAUUUGUUUAAUGAUAAUACGAAUAUCUUUCAGAGCUUAAAAUUAAUUGCGGAGAUUCCGCCAACGGGCGGUGUCAUACCCCAGACCCAUCUGCAGACGGUCAAGCAGCAUUCCUUCUUCACGGACAAAGACUUGGUGAUGUCGGUAGUCUAUAUAUUCUGGUACGUCAUGGUAGUAUACUACACCAUUUACGAGAUAACUGAAAUAAGCAAGUCUGGCUUCAAAAAUUAUAUAUUUUCCAUUAUAAAUAUACUCGAUUGUAUUAUACUGCUGCUAUGUUACCUGGCCUUGGUUUACAACAUUUGGCACACUUUUUGGAUAAAAAGAUUCCUCGAAAAGGCCAUGACGGAGUUGACCUAUCAAAGUUUGGACGUGCUCUGUUUCUUUAAUAUUAUCUAUGUGGACUUGAUGGCUAUUCUGGCGUUUUUAGUAUGGAUCAAAAUAUUCAAGUUCAUCAGUUUCAACAAGACCCUUGUGCAGUUCACAACGACUCUCAAAAGGUGCUCGAAAGACCUGGCUGGCUUUAGUCUUAUGUUUGGAAUUGUGUUUCUGGCCUAUGCCCAGUUGGGUUUACUCUUAUUUGGCACCAAACAUCCCGAUUUUCGCAAUUUCAUUACCUCAAUUUUGACCAUGAUUAGGAUGAUUCUCGGCGACUUUCAGUACAAUCUCAUUGAGCAAGCCAAUAGAGUUUUGGGUCCCAUUUAUUUCCUCACCUACAUUCUGCUUGUGUUCUUCAUUUUGUUGAACAUGUUCCUUGCUAUUAUAAUGGAGACCUACAAUACGGUGAAGAGUGAGAUCACCCAUGGAACCAGCCACUUGGGCACCUAUAUCUAUAACAAAAUAAUGGGUAUACUCUACAUUAUCAUUCACUGCGGCCGGAAGCGCCGACGCACCGAGCCGGCCGCUGCAGAGGAAGCCGAGGAAGAGACCAAGACCGCCCAGGAAGAACCCGAGGAGAUUCACAAGAACUUGACAGAAACAGAGGCUCGCUACUUUCAGGAAAUUCCGCCAGGAGAAAAUAAGGAGUUGGUUCGUUUAACUAAUCGGGUGAGCCUGCUUGAGGAAAUUCUGGAGAAAUUAAUCACCAACAUGGAUGACAUUCUAAAGCGCGUUGAGAAGGAGAGAACCAAUAGAAAGAAAUAAGACUUCUUAAAACACUGUUUUUUUUUUUAAUAUUUAAUAUUAUAUAGUUUUAUUUAAGAAUAAGAAAUGUGUAAAAUCUGGAAAGAAUAAACUUAGCACAUUGUUC